AUGAGCCGAUCGAAGCGUCCGUUGCAGGUUUGGUCUUGGGAGGUGAGCAGGUGCGGCCUAUUUAUCGGGUCGAGGGCUGGAAGGACGUCCUCGAGUUCGGACCCGCCACUUUCCAUCCCCCAUCUUCCCUAUCGCACGUACCACUCGCAGAGCUCCAUCGAGGAGAUGGCUUUGAGCGAAGCAGAACUCGCAGCCCAAGCGCUGGCGAUGGACAAAGCCGAGCAGGUUUACAUGCUCAUUUCGUUCUUUCUGGAGGCAGUCAUCUACGGUGUAUACGUGAUUCUGUUCGUAGGAGCGGUGCACCUCAUGCUAAGAGAUGGAUCGAAGGGAGGGCGGGGUGGAAAGUUCUUCCUCUUCUCCAUGUUCGUGAUGUUCGCAUUGACGACUGUGUACACUGCUAUCAACGUGUAUCGGUUCGUUCGUGCUUAUGCACAGAACUUCGACAACACGAUGUUGCCGGUGUACUACUUUCGGGACUUCACGGCUUGGGAUAACUUUUCCUAUGUCAUUAUCAUCAUCAUACUCGUGCUUCACGCCGACGUUCUCGUUAUUUAUCGCUGCUUCGUCAUUUGGGGAGGUAACUAUUACGUGAUCGCGGUACCGACUGUGCUAUUACUGUUCAGUAUCGCUAUUAACGCGAUCGCCAUAACCUGGUUCAGCAACCCCGCCGCUAUGGACCACGCGCUCGCCAUCAAGUUCUUCAUGAUGAUUUACCCGGUCAACCUCGCUCAGAACUGUCUGACGACGGGCCUGAUUGCCUUCAAGAUCUGGAAACAGCAUCGGUUCUCCCAGAAGGCAGGACUGCGACAGUCGGGCGGACUUCCUCUGAUGACUGUGGCUCGAAUUAUCAUCGAGAGCGCUUCGAUAUAUACCCUUCAGCAGCUCGUUCUUUUGGUACUGCAUAUGCUGAACCAUAGAGCGCAAGUCAUCAUCCAUGCGACGAUGGUUCCUAGCGUUGGCAUUGUCUUCGUUCUCAUCGCGAUUCGCACUCAUAUCGCAAGGUCGGACGCUCCGAAAGCAACGCUCGUUGUUCCCUCGUAUCUUCGAGGCGAAAGUCCAACCGAUGAGCGUCCCUCGUCGAGCGUUGGCGUCUUGACGAUGAUCAUGUCCGAUUCCGACAUCGAGCGCGGCUUCGACGCUGUUUGCGAGAAAGACUCCAAAGAGUCGUGUCAAGGUUCGGUUAUAGACGACGAAAAAUCGGCCAUUACGCUCCGAAACAGUGUUCCUCCGUCACCUGUCUAA